AUGGCACGCCAUUCUCGUUUCCAAUCAGGCCGCAAACCCCAAGGUCAUCCUGGCUUCCCCCUCAAAGAGGUGCAUGUAACAGGCCCAUUUUCCUUUCUUAAUCCGACAUCGGCACACUACGCCCUCAUCCGAGAUCCCACACGAGAUCCAAACACAGAACCAUCGAAGGAGUAUCAUGUUAUCCCGCAGGUCGAGCGUCUCUGGCGAUCCCGCGACAACAGAAAAGGCCGACAUGCCGUUCAGGUCGAUACCAAGGUCUCCCCUCAUGAAACUGGAAUUAUGCCACCAGAGUCUACACGUUCCGUCUCGGCUGUAGCCAAGGGUCUUCUUCGGAUGGCGACCUACGCCCCUUACUGGGAUGUAUCAUACCUGGUAGCCACAUCAUUCACCUUCGGAUCCGCAAUCUGGAUCCUCAAUGCAUUUUUCGCGUGGUUGCCGCACGCAGCCCCCAAGACGAAGUUCCAUAAUGAAUCACUUAUCGCUGGCGGCGUAACGGGGCUCCUUGGAGGACUUGUUUUUGAAAUCGGCAGUGUGUUACUGCUUCUUGAGGCUAUCAAUACCAAUAAUACCGGGUGCUUUGGCUGGGCGCUUGAGGCGGUCGUUUCGAGGCCUAGCGAGGAUGGUGUGCAUCAACGUGGAAUGACCGAGCUCAAGCCGAGUGUGUCGGAAUGUGAACAUCACCAUGCGAAUCGGAGAUCAUUUCUCCGGAUGAAGCAUCCUCGAGGUGAUACCCGAGCUGAAUCUCGGCUCGAUGAGCAUGGCUACGUGACUUAUUCGCCGGAUGGCAGGUCCUUCCGAUGGAUUCCGUCGAUGAAAGAAGUGCGGACACACUAUAUUCAUGAAUUGGGCUUUCUAGCUUCUUUGAUCGAGUUUGUUAGUGCAACAAUCUUCUGGGUUGCGACUAUCAGUGGAGCGCCUGGGAUCUUUAAUCACAUGAGUCAGGGUCUUACUGAUGGUAUCUACUGGAUCCCUCAGAUUGUUGGUGGAACUGGGUUUAUUUUAAGCGGACUUCUGUUUACCCUUGAGACACAGACCAAAUGGUAUAUUCCUGCUUGGCAUGUUCUAGGCUGGCAUGUUGGGGUCUGGAAUUUGAUUGGCGGUAUUGGCUUUACUCUUUGCGGUGCACUAGGGCCGGCUAGCAAUGACUCUCGUUUCGCCUAUCAGUCAACACUGGCUACUUUUUGGGGCUCUGUGGCCUUCAUGAUUGGAUCUAUGAUUCAAUGGUAUGAGAGUUUGCAGAAGUACCCGGUUGAAAAGAAGUGA